AUGGUCGGAGGAAUCUUGCUGGGUCCAUCGGCGCUUGGCCGAAACUUUAACUACUUACACACAAUCUUCCCGGCGAAGAGCCUCACCGUAUUGGAUACGUUGGCCAACUUGGGUCUUCUCUUCUUCCUCUUUCUCGUCGGCUUGGGGUUGGACCCCAAAUCGCUCCGCCGUACCGGAAAACGAGCAAUGUGCAUUGCCUUCGCUGGAAUUACCCUUCCGUUCAUCAUCGGCAUUGGCACCUCUAUAAUUCUCCGAUCAACCAUUUCCAAAGGUGUCAAUGAAGCCGCUUUUCUUGUCUUCAUGGGUGUCGCUCUUUCAAUCACUGCAUUUCCCGUUCUGGCGAGAAUUUUGGCUGAGCUCAAGCUUUUGACCACUGACGUCGGUCGCAUGGCCAUGUCUGCUGCCGCUGUCAAUGACGUGGCGGCGUGGAUUCUUCUAGCGUUGGCAAUUGCACUCUCCGGCACUGGCAACUCCCCUCUUGUUUCCCUUUGGGUUUUCUUGUUUGGCUCUGGUUUUGUCCUGUUUUGUAUCUUUUUCUUUCCGCCGGUGUUCCGGUGGAUGUCGCAACAGUGCUCUGAGGGUGAGCCGGUGAAGGAACUGUACAUUUGUGCCACUUUGUCGAUUGUUUUGGCUGCUGGGUUCGUCACAGAUUUGAUCGGAAUCCAUGCCCUAUUCGGAGCUUUCAUCAUAGGCGUACUGGUUCCUAAAGAAGGCCCAUUCGCCGGAGCUCUGGUUGAGAAAGUUGAAGAUCUCGUCUCUGGUCUUUUUCUUCCACUAUACUUCGUUUCAAGCGGAUUAAAAACAAACGUGGCAACAAUUAAAGGAGCUCAAUCAUGGGGUCUUCUUGUUUUAGUCAUUUUCAACGCCUGUUUUGGUAAAAUCGUCGGAACUGUUUCCAUUGCCAUGUUCUGCAAAGUUCCAUUAAAAGAAUCAUUGGUUUUGGGGUUUUUGAUGAACACGAAAGGCCUACCCGAAUUAAUCGUUUUAAACAUCGGCAAAGAUAGAAAGGUUUUGAACGAUCAGACAUUUUCGAUUAUGCUGCAGCAGUGA